AUGUCAGACUUCGAAUCAGUUGCUCUUAAAAGGCUUCAAGAAAUCCAGCAAAGACUCCUAGAAAGCACCCCUCAGCUCAGAGAAGCCAAAAAAACAAAAACAAAAUUCUUGGACCAGUCCAAAGAAUCGCGCCCCACAACUUCAAAUUCUAUUAAACGGAAGCGAGAUUUUCGCGAAGUUAACAGCAAGGCGGCAGAUUUAGAGAAUAAAAUAAGCGACCUGAAGAGACAGAUUGAAAAUGAGAGAGAAAAAUGCAGGCAAAUGGAAAGAGACAUGCAAGCUCGAGAAGAUCGAUAUAUGAAAAGAGAAAAAGAGUAUAGAAAAAGUUUGGCAGAGUAUGAGGCUGAGUUGAGGGCAAGGUCAAAUUAUGCAGAACAGCCGAUUGAGCAUCAGUUUAAUAGGAAUUUAGACAAAAUCAAUAAGCUCCAUGAAGUCAUUGGGGAAAACAUUUCAAAUAUACAGAAGAAAACAAGCCAAAUUUUGCAGGAGCAAGAGAAAGAUAUUAAAAGACAGUUUGAGACAAGAAUGAAAGAGGUUAAUAAAGAUUUGGAUGAAGAAAAAAAGAAAAAGCUUGAAGGGGUAGGAAAUUAUGCAGAAAAAGAGUCACAGUUAACGCGAGAGCUAGAACUUAUGAAAGCCUCUAUGGAUUUAAUUGAAUCUAAAAAUGAAAUGUUACAAAAAGAAAACUCACAAAUUAAGCUGGAAUUCAGAAAUCAACAAACUGGAAGAGAAGUGCUUUUAAAAGAGAUUGUGAGCAUAAAAAGAGAAAAUGCGCAACUUAUGGAAGAAAUUUCUAACUCCCCCCUCUGUGAGUGAACAAAAAAAUUUGUUCACUCACGGAGGGGGUUAAUUUUUUUUUUUUAAAAAAUUUAUAUAUAAAUUUUAUAAAAUUUUUUUUUUUCGAAAUUAAAAAAAAACCUAAUUCGCAAAAAUUGGAAAGCAAAUAUAUUAAUUUAAUUUAUAAAAUUUAUGUUUUAAAAGCAAUUUGUUUGAAAUUAAACAAAAUUAGCUCUAGAUUUCAUUUUACUAAUUAUCACUUAUAUACCACAAUUUUUUUCUAUUAAAAAAUUUUUGUUCACUCACGGAGGGUGGCUUUUUUGGGCAAAAAAUAGGGAUUUUUUUCUAAUGGUUUUGUUCACUCACGGAGGGGGGGAGUAAGUAUAAAGAAUUUAAUAUGUCUUUAUCAAGAGACCGAUCAGGAUAUAGCCCUUCCUUAGAUCAAUCUGCAAAAACAGUAAACGGAAGGUUUCCUUCAUCUGGAAGCAUAGACGAUGAUAAAAACGGAAGAUAUGAAUCAAUAAUAAACAGACUUAAACGCAUGCUAGAAGCCGAAAGAAAAAACUUAAAAACAGUCAGAACUGCCUAUGCAAGAGAGCUGCAAGGCAAAACUGAGCUCGAGCAAAUCCUUCGACAAUGUGUAGACGAAAUAAAAGCACAGAUAACGAGAAGUCGGCCAGAAAGUAGAGAGAAGGAAAUCUUAUUAUCCCCACAAGACAGAGAAAGAAUCAUAGAAAUGAUCUUAUCUCAGGAGCGCGUUUUAACUUUAUUAUACGAAAAAACUUUUCCAUCUAGAGCAGUCACAAGAGAAAAAAUGGAUAGUCUUGAUAAAAGUUCAGACGAAGGAGAAGAAAACAAUUAUUAA